GACGCCGCAGUGGGCACCGGGUGGGUGAGAGUCCAGCCUUGGGCUGGAGUGCUGGGCCUAGGCCUGGUAGCGCGAGGCGAGCAUUUCGGAAGAGAGUGGCGCGGCGUGGCGCCCCGCGAGGGCACUACGCGCCCAGGAGCUGCCGCGUCGGCCCGAUUUUCCGCGGCUGUAUAAGGACUAGCGCUUCGGUAGCCGGGGAGCUGGAGGGAACCUGAUUUGAGAUCAAUUCUUGGAGAACACAAAGAAGUGUGAUGCUGCACAUAAAUCAACUCCUCCUCUGUAAUGGAAUAGCUAGUGCAGCUACCAACAAAUAUGAAACAAAUUGUAGUUUUCUGAUAUCUUCAGGAUUGAAACAGCUGCCCUUUGACCCAGCCAACAACAACGAGCCCCUGCAGUUUGGUAGUGCCAGCGGCCCUCUGGUCACAGAAGGCCUCAUUGAGAAUGGAGGGGAAUCAAGCAAGAAAAGAAAGAGAACAAAUACUCCUUCAGCUGAUAACAGUAGAACUCUGAAUGUGGAUUCCACUGCAAUGACACUACCUAUGUCAGAUCCAACUGCAUGGGCCACAGCAAUGAAUAAUCUUGGAAUGGCACCACUGGGAAUUGCUGGACAACCAAUUUUACCUGACUUUGAUCCUGCUCUUGGAAUGAUGACUGGAAUUCCACCAAUAACUCCAAUGAUGCCUGGUUUGGGAAUAGUACCUCCACCAAUUCCUCCAGAUAUGCCAGUAGUAAAAGAGAUCAUACACUGUAAAAGUUGCACGCUCUUCCCUCCAAAUCCAAAUCUUCCACCUCCUGCAACCCGAGAAAGACCACCAGGAUGCAAAACAGUAUUUGUGGGUGGCCUGCCUGAAAAUGGGACAGAGCAAAUCAUCGUGGAAGUUUUUGAGCAGUGUGGAGAGAUCAUUGCCAUUCGCAAGAGCAAAAAGAACUUCUGCCACAUUCGCUUUGCUGAGGAGUACAUGGUGGACAAAGCCCUGUAUCUGUCUGGUUACCGCAUUCGCCUGGGCUCUAGUACGGACAAGAAGGACACAGGCAGACUCCACGUUGAUUUUGCACAGGCUCGAGAUGAUCUAUAUGAGUGGGAGUGUAAACAGCGUAUGCUAGCCAGAGAGGAGCGCCAUCGUAGAAGAAUGGAAGAAGAAAGAUUGCGUCCACCAUCUCCGCCCCCAGUGGUCCACUAUUCAGAUCACGAAUGCAGCAUUGUUGCUGAAAAAUUAAAAGAUGAUUCCAAAUUCUCAGAAGCUGUGCAGACCUUGCUCACCUGGAUAGAGCGAGGAGAGGUAAACCGUCGUAGCGCCAACAACUUCUACUCCAUGAUCCAGUCGGCCAACAGCCACGUCCGCCGCCUGGUGAAUGAGAAAGCUGCCCAUGAGAAAGAUAUGGAAGAAGCAAAGGAGAAGUUCAAGCAAGCCCUUUCUGGAAUUCUCAUUCAGUUUGAGCAGAUAGUGGCUGUGUACCAUUCCGCUUCCAAGCAGAAGGCAUGGGACCACUUCACAAAAGCCCAGCGUAAAAACAUCAGUGUGUGGUGCAAACAAGCUGAGGAAAUUCGCAACAUUCAUAAUGAUGAAUUAAUGGGAAUCAGGCGAGAAGAAGAAAUGGAAAUGUCUGAUGAUGAAAUAGAAGAAACGACAGAAACAAAAGAAACUGAGGAAUCAGCCUUAGUAUCACAGGCAGAAGCUCUGAAGGAAGAAAAUGACAGCCUCCGUUGGCAGCUCGAUGCCUACCGGAAUGAAGUAGAGCUGCUCAAGCAAGAGCAAGGCAAAGCCCACAGAGAAGAUGACCCAAACAAAGAACAGCAGCUGAAACUCCUGCAGCAAGCCCUGCAAGGAAUGCAACAGCAUUUACUUAAAGUCCAAGAGGAAUACAAAAAGAAAGAAGCUGAACUUGAAAAACUCAAAGAUGACAAGUUACAGGUGGAAAAAAUGUUGGAAAAUCUUAAAGAAAAGGAAAGCCGUACUUCUAGGCUGGGUACAUCAAACCAGGACAGCGACUACCCUCUUGAGAAGACCAUGAACAGCAGUCCUAUCAAAUCUGAACGUGAAGCACUGCUAGUGGGGAUUAUCUCCACAUUCCUUCAUGUUCACCCAUUUGGAGCAAGCAUUGAAUACAUCUGUUCCUACUUGCAACGUCUUGAUAAUAAGAUCUGCACCAGUGAUGUGGAGCGUCUCAUGGGUAGACUCCAGCACACCUUCAAGCAGGAAAUGACUGGAGUUGGAGCCAGCCUGGAAAAGAGGUGGAAAUUCUGUGGCUUUGAGGGCUUGAAACUGACCUAACAACUUUGCCUAACAACUUGGGAUCCUGAAGAUAUACAUAUGUGUUGCACAAGCGUAGAAAGUGAUUUGUAUUUUUAAUGAUUUUCGAGUAGAAAUUGCUUUGAAUUUGUCAAUUCAUUCCUGGAAAAUCUUUCAAGUUAAAACAAGGAUCCUAGGACAGCACCUCAAGCUACAGACCCUAAAGAGAAAUUGCCUCAAACCGCAAGUGCUGUAACUUCCUCCCCUUUCUGUCAAUUGGUUGUCUUUAGGUAUUGCAAAAGUCCUGAGGCUAAACAGUAUUUGUAGUGUUUUCAGUGUCUGUACCACUAGUGUAGACUUUGGUAUUUUUUUAAACACUGUUAACUGAAAUGUUUUGAUGAUUUGUAUGUGAUUUGUGUUUCUAAACUUCUCUUUACAUUAAUGUUGCCACUGGCGAAAGGAAUGAGAGCAGCUUUAAGUCGUGUGUGUAACUGCCAUUGUCUUUCCAAUCCCCAGUAGAGCAGUAAAUAAACAACACAUCAGUGUUUCUAGAAGGUGCCUGACUGGGUUCACCUUUUAAAUGACAAAGCAUGGUUGUGGCUUUUUGCAAAAUUACUAUGAACCAAAAGUUGACAAGUGUUCCAAAGUUGUUUUCUCUAACAUAUCACAUUAAAGAUCUGCUUCAGAAUUGUGAAACGUACAUCUAGAUGUGUUUGCAGAAAGCAGGUAUCCAGUAUGACUGGCAUGUGUUUGUGCUAUUCAGAAUCACUUGUAAAUAGUCUGCUUUAAAAGGGGGGCAUGUUCAGUUUUCUGUGAAUUAAAACACACUCAUGUGUGGGCACAAACAGCACGCACGCACGCACACAGUGGCAGAAGGGAUUUAUGUUAAUAUUCUUUCCCUUCUGGCCUCUUACAGUCUGUUGGUCCCUUUGCUUCUGUUGUCAGUGUAUUGAAUUGUAAACCGUGUACUGCUGUAAAUACUAUGUUUACUUCAUGCUGAAUGUUUGCGAAGACUUCAUAUAAGUAUUAAUAGUUACGAAUCAAUGAAAUAAAUAAUGAGCCAGGAUGUGUGAGGCUUCCUACAAAUACGUCAGCUCCACCUGGAGUGCGGAUUGCCAGAGACAUCUCCAGUUCUGUAGUGUCCGUCGGCAAAUUGCAAUGACAGCAUUUGAGUGGACCAUUCAGUAACUUCUGAUUGGUGGAAGGGAAACGGAGAGGAUGGAGGUUUGAGGUGAAUAUCCUGAAACAGAGAUGGUCUUUAUUGUGUGUGGCGGUGGUUGUGGUACGUAAAAUAAUGCAAGUAUGCCUUCCCUCGAGUCUCAAUUGAAGAUAAAAGAAUGUACUGAGUAAGCAAAGCCAAUGGAGAGUAUGUCACGAAAAUACUUUGUAAAUGAGAUGCCAGUCGUGUUCAAAGUUGUAUUUUUAAAAGAUAAAUAUUCCUUUUUAUACCUCAG